AUGUAUGACUUGAGAAACAUCUCAUAUUUCCUUGAUGUUGAAUUCUACAAGAGUAGUAUGGGUUUAAUAAUGCACCAAAGUAGAUAUGCAAGUGAGAUACUCAAAAGAUUUAAGAUGGAGGAUUGCAAUGUAGCUUUGACACCAGCAAAACCAAGAUUGCAAUUAAUGAAGGACUCAAAUGAAGAUGAUGUUGAUCCAAUACAAUACAGAAGACUCAUUGGAUCAUUGAGAUACCUCUUUCACAUAAGGUCUGAUCUAGAAUAUAAAGUAGGCAUGAUGAGUAGGUUCAUCCAAAAGUCAAAGGUAUCUCAUCUUGAAGCCACCAAGAGGAUACUAAGGUACCUCAAAGGAACGCAGAUUAUGUCAUUUUGUUUCCUGCAGCAAAUGAAGGAAAGGAAUGCAAACUUAUGGUAUACACUGACUCAAGUUAGUGUGGUGAUGUUGAGGAUAGAAAAAUCCAUAGUUGGUUAUAUGUUUAUGCUAGGUAGUGCACCAAUUUCUUGGAGUUCAAGAAAAGAACCAGUUGCAGUUAUGUCAUCAUGUGAGGCUGAGUACAUAGUUGCAUCUCUUUGUACAUGCCAAGCAACAUGGAUGGUGAAUCUGAUUGACGAGAUUGCACGUAAGAAUCAUGGAACAUUGAUUAUGAAGAUUGAUAACAUAUCUAAUAUCAAUUUAGACAAGAAUCCCAUAGCACGUGGAAGAAGAAAACACAUUGAUAUGAGAUUCCAUUAUCUUAAAGAGUAA